AUGGUAAAGCUGUUCGUUGGUAACUUAGCUGAAGGAAUUGACUCAAGCCGUCUUCGGAACUUGUUUUUGCAGUACGUCCAAGUACAAGAGUGUGAUGUGCUCAAGAAUUUUGCUUUUGUGGUAGGUUUAACCACUUUAAAACAAACAUUCUUUUUAGCAUGUUGUGACUGAGGAAGAUGCUGAACUGGUAAUAAACAAGCUGGAGAAGUACAAUUUGGAUGGAAGGGAGAUUCAUAUCGAACGAUCGACAUCCAGGUUACGAAAAGAGCCCGGAAUGGGUGACAAGUGUUAUACUUGCGGAGCUACCGACCAUAAAACACCAAAUUGUCCUCAAGAGGAUGGUCGCAAGGGCAACAAGAGGAAGUUAGAGAUUGGUGAUAACGGUGACAGGAAGAAACCUUUGCUUACGACCGUGAAUCCAGCGCUUCAGUUUCCGGUUGCUACUGACACUGAUCCAGAGUUACCGUGUCCACAGAAUCCGUGAGUUUUUCUUUUUUUUAGAAUUUUCUAGGUAUUUAAUUAUUUUUUGUCAAAACGAAGCCAACCAAACUAUUGACUAAACGUGACUUAACACUGAUUUUAGGGAGUUGAGAAACUUGUACAGUCAGUACAUGGAGUCUAGGACAAAGUACUUCUUCUACCGAGAACGUCUGUCCAAGGAGCUGUCGAUGCAACCACAAAUAGCUACAGCUCCAGCUGCUUCAGUGCCAGUAGUAGCACGCUUCGAUAUGACCAAAGCCAAUCCGCAAGUGCAAGUAAAGACCUCUCAACCACCUUAUUCUUCACCUCACAACCCGACUCCACAAGCGUAUAUGCCCACAGCUGCUACUCAAAUGUAUCAACCUCCAGCUGUUCAAUCGUCGUACUCGUCAAGCUACGCAACAGUAGCUCACCUGAAGCCGCAACCUGCUCUAGCAGCACCGUACAGCUCCCAGCAAGCUUCUGCACCAUAUUCAAAUCAAAGUCCGGCCGCGCCUUAUCAACGGCUGUCCCAAGGCACGACGUCCAGUGGAACUCCACCUUCUGCUCCUUACGCGAAACAGGGCGCGACGUGUGUUUUUUAGCUGUUAUUUGGGGUUUUAUUGUAUAUUACGUGUUGUUUUUUAAGUUAUGGGGAUAUUGAUAUACUUUGUAAGGGUUCAAGGCUGUUUUCAAAGCCAAGAGAUCGUCUGAUACUACCGUAGUACAGAGUUCAAUUGAUUACUGUUGCGUUAUUUAAUUAAGAUAGUUUAAUACGAGCGACACAUUCGUGAAUUUUUAAGCGUUUUCAUCUACAUUAGUUAUACGAGAUGUUAUACUCCGAGACCAUGAAUGUAGUAUAAGUUUUGUAAAUUGUGACAUGAGAUGAUUUGCGUAUCGUAGUAUUACAAUUUGUUCGUUUCCAUCGUGAUGGUCGUUCAUUCAGCUUACUGAAUUCGGGACGUGAAGUUCGGACGUGCAGUUACGAGUUCCGUCUAUAAAUUUAAAGCUUUGUUUAUCAUAAUAUGAUUGUACUUGAAGUUGUUAACAAUAUCUCGUUUCAGGUACCGCACCCCAGCGUCCGCAAUGUAUGCCACCGUCCAAAAUUACAACCGCUAA